CAAGAGAUCGAGGUUUAUCUGUAAACCACGACACCCACCGCUCUCCAGUCAUCGUCUCGAGAUGACGAACCUCCGCACCCAGAAGCGCCUCGCGGCGUCCGUCGUCGGCUGCGGCAAACGCAAGAUCUGGCUCGACCCCAACGAAGUCAAUGAAAUCUCCAAUGCCAAUUCGCGACAGACCAUCCGAAAAUUGGUCAGUGAUGGGCUCAUCAUCCGCAAGCCGGUGGCCAUGCAUUCGAGGGCCCGUGCGAGGGAGUUGAAUGCGGCUAGAAGAAUUGGCAGACACCGAGGAUUCGGUAAGAGAAAGGGUACGAAGGAUGCCAGAAUGCCUAGCCAGGUUCUAUGGAUGAGACGCUUGCGUGUUCUCCGACGUCUUCUCGUCAAGUACCGUGCUGCCGGCAAGAUUGACAAGCACCUCUACCAUGAACUCUAUCAGUUGAGCAAGGGUAACACCUUCAAACACAAGCGUGCUUUGGUUGAACAUAUCCACAAGGCCAAGGCCGAGAAACAACGUGAGAGAAUCCUCAAGGAGGAGAUGGAUGCCAAACGUGCCAAGACCAAGGCCGCUCGUGAACGGAGACAGGAACGAAUUCAGACCAAGAGAAAUGCCCUUGCUGGCGAAGCCGAGGAGGAAGCCAAACAACAGCAGGAAUAAAUGGCUGGAGCAGCAUGGUGGAGAGGGACGUGAGAUGAUUGUGAAGAGCAACAUAUUGAGCAGAUUGCCUGAGACUAGUCUGGAGGACGAUCUCGACCACAUGCUCCUGCGCAGCGACCGCAUUGCACACCUGGGCGGAUAUGUUGAACCAAAACGACGGGGAAAGGGAACAACCUAUGGGCCUUGCGUAGGAGAUCAUGGCUUCGCAUAUGGGAUAGUGGUUUCAAUAGCCGUCUUUGAUAAAGCAACGAGGGGUUCGGAUUCAAGAAGCGACUUGGCUCCUUGGACUCUUCCUGGAGUUUCUCGUACCGCAGCCACGAUCUCCAUGACCUCUCUUAGCUUCUUGAACAUGCCUUAUGAUUACUACCUCGGAGUAGACCACAGAUCGUCUGGUCUGACCUUGGUGAUGGCCAUUGAGGGGUGCAUGCUGCUCCGGUGC